GGUUAUAUGUAACGUUUGCAGAACAAAGUUAAAUACUGCAUCAGAAUUUAAGACAAUGUGUCUGAAUACUGAUAGCACAGUUAUUCCAUAUGUGGAUAGCAAAACAGUGCUACAGCUCGAUUUAAGAGAAGUGUAUAUGCAGGAAAAGAAAAGUGAGUUAGUUUGCAAUCAGAAAAUAUGUCGAUUGUGUAUGCAGCCAGUAGAAAGUGAGUUUAAGUGCAUACGUGAAGAGGAACUUGAAGCUAUUGAGAAAUUGGCCCCUGAAAUGAUUAUAAACAUCGUCAAAGAUCCCAUUGUAUGUAAGCCUUGUUUUAAUUCUCUGUGCACUCAUAACGGUUUCCUAAAAGAUUGCUUAGAGGGUGAAGAAAAAAUUAAAAGUAGUUUUGAUAGUGCAGCCACAGAAAGUCAAAUAGAUACGACUCCACUCGAUUUAUUUGCUAAGACAGAAAACCUGGUCAAAGAAUUCGAUAUUAAUGAGAUGGAAAUGUCAAUCAAAACUGAAUGUGUUGACAUAAAAUCGGAGGAUGAGGAAAGGAGGGAUUUACCACUGCAGACCUCCAAUAUUGAACCAUUUGAGGAGAGUGACUGCAAAGAUGCAAAAGAGGAUGGAUGUAAACAUGAGAAUGGAUCAGCGAACGAAUGUCAAGAGAAACACAAAGCACAAUUGUACAAGUGCAAGUUUUGUGAUUUCGAAACAAAGCAGAGGACCAGCUUUAAUAGUCAUUGUAUAAAGCACAAAGACACAAACAAAUGUGAUAAGGGCGAUUAUAAAACCACGCACAAUGCAGUGACGCAUAAGGAUGCUACACAGCUGCCGAUUUAUAAAUGCAAAAUUUGCAACUACAAAUCAAAGAAAAAGAUACUUCUUAUCAAUCACCAGUUGGCACAUAAGGAUCCCUCACAGGUCAAAAUGUACAGGUGUAACGACUGUGACUAUGAAACUAAGUACAAGUGUGUCAUCAAACUGCACCAACUGAAACAUAAAGAUCCUUCUCAAGUUCAAAUGUACAGGUGUAAUGACUGCCAUUACGAAACUAUAUACAAGAUGAAUAUCAUAAAGCACCAACUGAAACAUAAAGAUCCUUCACAGGUUCAAAUGUACAGGUGUAACAAUUGCGAUUACGAAAGUUGA